AGCAAUAGUUGUUGUUAGAGGGAAAAUGGGGGUUAUACUUCGUGUUCUAAUUUCUACUUCCCUGGCCUUUACAAUCUCUGAUAGUUUUCUGAUUAUCCAUGAGCUAAAAGAGCAGUGUAUUUAUGAAAGUCAUAAAAUAGCUUAUGUGGGAAUGUGCAACUUGACCAAUAUUAAUCAGCAGUGGAAUUGGUUGCAAGAAGACAAGCUUCUCCAUCUCAGAACUGGCCAAUGUCUGGCCAUCACCAGGUCCAAGGUUGCACAUUCCAGCAAGGUGAUUGUUGCCAACUGCUCUGAGGCUCCUAGCUGGACUUGUUACAGCAGUGAAGGCCUCCUAGAGGUGAAAAACAGCUCUCUCUUCCUUGAGAAACGAAGUUCAAGAGUAGUUGUGAAGAAGGGCAGGAAAUAUCCCCAUAGUUGGAAAAAACUUGAUGUCAAUGAGAAAGGAGAGACCAUCCAUGAAAAUCUUUGUUCAAACAUUGAUUUCCAAGAUGCUGAACCAUUGGCUCAGAGCACUAAAAACACAUCCCUUCCCUUUAAUCCUAUAACACAUAAUCCACAGAAUUUUCUUGGCAGUAGCAAUACGAUGAUUUCCAUCAGAAAUGUUACAGAAAGCAAUUAUAAGGCUAUGGGAAAAUUCAGUCUUAACCAGAAUUUAUUUGAAGUGACAGAAAAAAACUGGACUCCUACAACUACCUAUCAUUUCUCUAGCACUACAAAAGAGAGUGGUCUAGCUGCUCCAGUCAAAUGCACCAUCAACCAGACAGAAUGGAAGGUCUCCAGCCAGUCGGAUCUCAGAUGGAACAGUUCGGGCAACUCCUGUAAUUUCAGCGUAAUCUGCAGCUCCAGCAAGGUUUUAUCCAGGGAUUGCCAAGCCAUCCAGAAGGACAAUGGUUCCUAUGAAUGCAACUUCAGUGGCUUGGAAGCUGCUUUGUACUCGCUCAGGAUUGUUUCUCUCUCUGAUGGAGAAACUAGCAAUGUCACCCUGCAAACAGAUGUGUUGCCCCCUGCAAGAUUUGAAAUUAAGAAAGACAAAGUUACAACCACCACUUUACAGGUUUGGUGGAGCCCAUCCUUAGGGAAAGUGGAUUGGUAUGAACUACAAUUACUUAAUGGCAUCAAAAAAGUGGAAGAGAUUCUAGUUCCUGGAGGCAUUUCUAGAAGUGAUCAGAUAUUUGCCAAUCUCAUCCCUGGCAAUAAAUACACCAUCACCAUCAGAGCAGUUGCUGGAAAUAAAAAAAGCUCAUCAGUUGACAUCAGUGGGUCUACUGUUCCUUCACCAGUCAAAAAUAUCAAGAUCUUGAGUGAGAUGCAGUCAUUUCAUAUUUCAUGGUUGCCAGGAGCUGGUCAUGUGGAUCAAUAUAGGCUGGUUUUGCUGGAGAAAGAUAUUCUAAUUCAACAGAUGAAUCUAGAGAAAGAUAUUUUGUCAUACAAUUUUUCAGGAUUAAUACCGGGAUGUCUAUAUAAUUUGACAAUUAUUUCCAAGGCUCGGGGGAUGGAGAACUAUAAUGUAAGACUAGUAAGAACUGCUCCAGCCAAAGUCCUAGAUCUGGUGAUAGCUAAUGAUGAUAGUCUGGAUACACUGAAAGUAUCAUGGAAGAGGCCUUCAGGGAUCCUUGAUUUCUACAAUGUCACCAUAUUUCAACAUGGAUCUUUUAAAGAAAGUAAAAUUUUACAAGCACAAACCACAGAGACUUAUUUUGACAAGCUAAUUUCUGGAAGUCUGUAUGAAGUGAAUGUCAAUGCAAUCAGUGGUGAAUUAUUCACCAAAGUGACAGCUCGUGGAAGGACAACUCCCCAAAAAGUUUCAGAAUUGAAAGUAGACAGCAUGGGUUGGUCGAGAUGUCUAAAAGUAAAUUGGCUUCCCCCCACGGGAGAUUGGGACAAAUACCGUAUUUUACUGUUUGACCGCUCUACAUUACUGCUGAAUACUACUCUGGAGAAAGAUAAAAGAGAAUACAUCAUCAAGGAUUUAGCACUUGUUCCUGGAAGACAAUAUGAGGUGGUUGUUAGUGUAGAAAGUGGAGGCUUACAUAAUAAAGCCCACUGCAAAGGCAGAACAGCUACACAGCCAGUUCUCCAGCUUCGUGUGAAGCAUGCUAAUGAAUCAUCUCUAACAAUCAUGUGGGCGACCCCUCAGUCUGACUGGGAUCACUAUGUGGUUUCACUGGGACACCGGUCCCUCACAAUCGUUAACAGGGCUCUGGCUAAGGAAGCCAAAGAGUUCACUUACACCAAUCUGUCUCCUGGACGAAAGUACACUGCUAAUGUGACUACCAUAAGUGGGGAUUUGAGUAACUGGACUUCAAUUGUCGGUCAUACAGUUCCAGCACAAGUGAUGAGCUUAAAUGUAGCAAACCAAGGAACAACCAACAGUCUAUUCACCAACUGGAUAAGGCCAAAAGGAGAUGUAGAUUCAUACCAAGUGUUGGUCAUUCAUGAAAAUGUUGUCAUAAAAAAUGACACGGUUCCCAGGGAUACCGAUAAGUACCACUUCCAAUCCUUAAAACCUGGAGGACUCUAUUCAGUAGUUGUUACCACUGUUAGUGGAGGAAUAUCUUCCAGACAAGUGAUCGCUGAAGGAAGAACAGUUCCUUCCAGUGUAAGCGGAGUCACCGUGAACAAUUCAGGGCGGAGUGAUUAUUUGAGUGUUUCCUGGCUGCCAGCUGCAGGGGAUGUGGAUAGCUACAUGGUGGCACUCUCUCAUGGAGGUCAGACUGUCCAUAUCAUCGCCAUUGCAAAAUCCACCAGUGAGUGCUCCUUCAACCACUCACACCGGGGUCGUCUCUAUGAUGUAACAAUAACAACCAAGAGUGGGAAAUAUGAAAACCAGUCUUUCGGUCAAGAGAGAACAGUUCCUUCAAAUGUCCAGGGACUCACGGUGAGCAAUUCUGCAAGAAAUGACUAUUUAAAGGUAUCCUGGCUACAUGCCACUGGAGACUACGACAAUUAUGAAGUGAUCAUCAAGCACAACAUAUUCAUUCAAAGAGAAACUGUCGCCAAGGAUGUCAAUGAAUGUGUAUUCACUAACCUGAUUCCAGGAAGGCUUUACAGUGUAACUGUUUGCACAAGGAGUGGAAAAUACGAAACCAGUGAAAGGGCCAAUGGAAGGACAGUUCCAGAAUCUGUAAAAGAGUUGACUCUUAGUGACAGAAGCACUGAAGAUUUAUAUAUUACUUGGUCCAAAGCUGAUGGAGAUGUUGAUCAGUAUGAGAUCCAGCUUCUGUUCAAUGAUAUGAAAGUUUUUCCAUCUCAUCACCUUGAAAAUACUGUCAAAUCAUUCAAGUUUACAUCCCUCACUCCAGGACGCCUUUACAAAAUUGUUGUCAUGACAAUAAGUGGUGAAGCACAGCGUUCUACUUUCAUAGAAGGAUUGACAGUUCCAAGUGCAGUUAAAAAUAUUCAUAUUUCACCUGCCAGAAUGAUGAACAGCUUGAAAGUGAAUUGGACCCCUGGAGGAGGAGAUGUUGAUUCUUAUACUGUCACAAUACUUCAUCAGAACCAUCCCAUUGGUGUCCAGACAGUUUCCAAACAUGUAUAUGAGCACACUUUUAACAAACUAGAAGCAGGGGAGCAGUACACGGUUGUUGUACAGACCAAGAGUGGCUUCCUGCAUAACAAUUCAACUGCUGUUGGACGAACAAUUCCUGCUCCUGUUCAACAAUUGCAUGCAGACAAUGAAUACAGCAGUUAUUCAUUGAUGGUGACAUGGAAUGGUGCUCCUGGGGUAUCUGAACGUUAUGACAUCCUCCUGUUGACUGAGCACGGUGUCCUUCUCCACAACAAAUCAGAACCAGCCACUGCUAAACUACAUAAAUUUGAAGAUUUAACACCAGGCAAAAAAUAUAGAAUACAGAUGUUCACUGUCAGCGGUGGUCUCUUCAGCAGCCGGGCAGAAACUGAAGGGCAAACAGCUCCUGCAGCUGUCACAAAUCUGAAAGUUACAGAACGUACCACUGGACGCUUGUCAUUCAACUGGACUACUUCUCUGGGAGAAUUUGAUAAAUACGAUAUUUUUUUGUAUAAUCCAGACACAUCUCUUCAGGACAGGAAUUCAGGAAACCAGAAUCUCCAAAAGUAUUCCUUCCAGAAUUUGGUGCAAGGCAGACUGUACAAAAUUGUGAUUGUUACUCACAGUGGCAAGCUUACUAAAGAAGCGUUCAUUUUUGCAAGAACAGACCCAGCUCCAGUUAGCAAUCUCAAAGGAUGCAAUAGGAAUAUGACUAAUGGCCUAUGGUUUACUUGGAACCCAGCACCAGGAGAUGUUGAUUAUUAUGAAUUACAUCUUUAUAACACAAAUGGUACACAGAAGGAAGCACAACGUGGAAAAGAUCUGACAGAAUGGCAUUUCCAGGGUUUAGUUCCUGGUAGAAAAUAUACUCUUGUCGUGGUUACCUAUAGUGGUGAGCUUUUUAAUUCAGCUAAUACAGAGGGACGAACAGUGCCAAUCCCUCCCAGUACUAUGUCAUUUGCUGAUGUGACCAACACCUCUUUAUCCAUUGCAUGGCUGGGCCCUCCUGAUUGGACAGACUAUGAUGAUUUUGAGUUGCAGUGGACCCCAAAAGAUGCCCUCACAGUCUUCAAUCCUUACAUUAGCAGCAAAUCAAAAGACCGCAUCUUGAAUGGCCUCCACCCAGGGAGGCUCUAUCACUUCAGUAUCAAGACAGUUAGUGGUCCAGUUCGGAAGACUUAUAGUAAACCCCUCCUUGGAACUGUGAGGACAAGGCCGGAGAAAAUACAAAAUUUACAUUGUCGGCCACAGAACUCGACUGCCAUUGCAUGCUCCUGGAUCCCUCCUGACUCUGACUUUGAUGGAUAUAGCAUUGAGUGCAAGAAAAUGGACACAGAGGAGAUAGAAUUCUCUAGGAUCAUAGAGAAAGAAAGAUCUGUAUACAACAUCAUGUCCCUUGUUCCCCACACAAAAUACUCAGUGUCUAUCAAAGUGCAAUCAGCUGACAUGACCAGUGAGAUGGUAACAGGCAAUAGCAUCACUAUGAUAGAUCGCCCUCCUCAACCAGCUGCAUAUAUUCAAGUGAAUAAAAAGGAUGCAAUUAUUACCAAAUCCACUAUCCACUUCACCUUCAAUUGCAGCUGGUUCAGUGAUACCAAUGGAGCUGUGAAGUACUUUACAGUGGUUGUGAGAGAGACUGAUGGCAAUGAAAGAACGAAGCCAGAAGGGCUUCACCCUUUACCCUCUUACUUGGAAUAUAAACUCAACAAUUCCAUCCAGAUCUAUCAAACAGAUUACUUUGCAAGUAAAUGUUCAGAAAGCCCAGAGAGCAUUUCAAGGAGUUUUGAUAUUAAGCUUGGAGCAGAAAUGGAAAAUCUGGGAGGAAAAUGUGAUGCAAAUCAGCAGAAAUAUUGUGAUGGACCAUUAAAGCCCAGGACUGCCUAUAGAAUCAGCAUCCGGGCUUUUACCCAACUUUUUAGAGAAGAUCUUAAGGAAGUCCAGAAACCCUUGUUCACAGAUACAUAUUUUUCUUUGCCAAUUGUGACUGAGUCAGAAUCUUCAUUUGGAGUUGUAGAAGGCAUGAGCACUGGUUUAUUCUUAAUAAUUAUGGUUAUGGCUAUCACUGGAUUGCUUGUUUGCAGACGAAAAAUAAAAACUGGCCAUGAAAGAGCAACAGCAAAACUAAGCAUUCGUAAGGAUAGGCCAUCAGUUCAUUUGAAUUUGGGACAAAAAGGGAACCGGAAAACAUCCAGCCUAAUAAAAGUGAAUCAAUUUGAAAUGCACUUCACCAAACUUCAGGCAGAUUCAAACUACCUCCUAUCUAAAGAAUAUGAGGAUCUAAAGGAUGUGGGUCGAAACCAAUCAUGUGACAUAGCACUUUUGCCAGAGAACCGAGGGAAAAACCGAUAUAAUAAUAUAUUACCCUAUGACACAACAAGAGUGAAACUUUCAAAUGUAGAUGAUGACCCAUGUUCUGAUUAUAUCAAUGCAAGCUACAUCCCAGGCAAUAAUUUCCGUAGGGAAUACAUUGCAACUCAAGGACCUUUGCCUGGCACAAAGGAUGAUUUCUGGAAAAUGGCAUGGGAACAGAAUGUUCAUAAUGUUGUCAUGGUAACCCAGUGUGUUGAGAAGGGCCGGGUAAAAUGUGAUCAUUAUUGGCCCUUUGACCAGGAUUCUUUAUAUUAUGGUGAUUUAAUAGUCCAGAUGCUAUCUGAAUCAGUUCUCCCAGAAUGGACAAUAAGAGAGUUUAAGAUUUCCAGUGAAGAGCAGCUUGAUUCCUCUAGAGUUAUUCGUCAAUUCCACUACACUGUAUGGCCAGACCAUGGUGUACCAGAAACCACCCAGUCGCUCAUUCAGUUUGUGAGGACUGUAAGAGAUUAUAUCAAUCGGACCCCUCAGGCUGGGCCAACUGUAGUUCAUUGCAGUGCCGGUGUUGGUCGAACAGGGACAUUCAUUGCACUUGAUCGACUUCUUCAACAGUUGGACUCAAAGGAUUCUGUGGAUAUUUAUGGGGCAGUGUAUGAUCUUAGGCUUCACAGGGUUCACAUGGUUCAAACAGAGUGCCAAUAUGUAUAUUUACAUCAAUGUGUGAGAGAUGUCUUAAGAGCAAGAAAGCUACGAAGUGAGCAAGAAAAUCCCUUGUUCCCAAUAUAUGAAAAUGUGAAUCCAGAGUAUCCCAGAGAUGCUGUUUAUUCAAGGCACUAAAGCUCAAACAGAUUCCUGCUUUUUUGCAGUUCUGUUAGGUUUUUUUAAAUUAAGUUUUAAAAAUAUUUUAUGCACUAUAAGUGCCAGACCUGUUUGAAGCUGUGUAUAAUUUAUUAGUCUGGUGAUAUUUUAAAAUACAUAAUUUAAAUAUAAUAGAUAUUGUUGUAGAUAAAUAUUUUUGAUAUGUAAAUAUGUUUUAUCUAUAUUGUUUAUAUUAUUCUUCAGAUAAUACUAUUUUUCUAUGUUAAAAUUAUUUUAAUGAAAUAUUCCUUAUAAACUAUCUUAUGUGGAAAAUGUAUCAAGAGAUGUGAUUUCCCCCCCCCCUUUAAACCUAACAUACUGCAUGGUUCGUAUCUUAUUCUAGCCAUCUUUCUAUACAUGUGAAAUACAGACUGUACAUCCCAAGCUCUCCAGCAAAGUCAGGUUUCCUAGACUUUUGAAAAUAACAGGUUUUGCUUUAAUAAUCUUAUUGAGAGCCCACAAAGUUACAGAAAUAUGUAUAUUGUUUUCUUCGUGGCCCAGUGUGAGUAGCUAUCUCAAACCACAGAAGUCAAUGUAGCUGCAUCUGCAAUGCAAUUUUCCCUCUAUUUUCAAAAUUGUUGUGAAUCUCCCAGAAGUGCCUUUGAAGAGUUUGGCAGAGAAAGAAGGAAGGAAGGAAGGAAGGAAGGAAGGAAGGAAGGAAGGAAGGAAGGAAGGAAGGAAGGAAGGAAGGAAGGCAGGCCUAAUUUCAGAUUGACAAGUGAAUGUUCCUUCAUUGCCCCCGAUGCAACCAGAGUCAUUGCCCAUCUAGUUGAAUUUUGAAAAUGGAGAAGAGUGAAAUCAGUCAUAUGUCUUGGGCCCCUGCAAAUGUCUGA